AUGGGGAAAAAGAUCAUUAUCGACACCGACCCGGGCAUUGACGAUGUCCUCGCCCUUUUGUUAGCUCUGUCCGCCACCCCGGAGGAGGUAGAGGUUCUGCUCAUCUCAUUGACAUUCGGUAACAUCGAGGUGGAAAACUGUCUCCGCAAUGCUGUGUCGAUGUUCCACAUCCUCGAGCGGGAGAUCCAGUGGCGCCGCGAGAACGGCCGCCCCGAAGGCUUCGGCAGCCUGCGAGCUUUCCGCCCUAUAUUGGCUGUCGGCGCGGAGGACCCCCUCGAAGACCAGAAGAUGCUGGCUGACUACUUCCAUGGAACGGAUGGACUUGGUGGCAUCCAUUCAACGCACCCACAUCUGACUGCCUGUACCCCAUGGGAUCAUCUCUUCGCCAAAACUGAAGGUGCCAAGGACAUUCAGUCUACGGAGUGCUCAGGCCCUGACGACCACGCUUUUAUCCCAUCUAAGCUCCCAGCGCAUAAGGAGAUUCUCCGUGCGCUCCGCGAUAAUGAACCGGACUCAGUGACUCUAGUUGCAGUGGGACCCCUCACUAAUUUGGCCUUGGCUGCAGCAGAAGACCCCGAGACAUUCCUCCGCGUGAAAGAAGUGGUUGUCAUGGGUGGUGCUAUCAACCAGCCAGGAAAUGUGACACCCAUGGGUGAAUUCAAUGCCUACGCGGACGCAGUGGCAGCCGCACGUAUUUUCGCACUCACAUCUCCCAACCCACACACUACAAUCCCACCAACCAAGAGCGACCGACUCCCACCGUACCCAAAGAAUCUCAGCCGGCAACUCACUCUACGUCUUUUCCCGCUGGACAUUACACUUCGCCAUAACAUUUCACGCGGCCAGUUCCGGGAAGCCAUCACACCCCUUCUGGCUGGCGGUUCUCCGCUCGCCGAGUGGGUGGAUGCCUUCAUGGGACAUACAUUCAGGACGUUGGAACGUCUACACCCAGGCCAUGUUGGCGACGAAGCCAUGCUGAGUUUGCACGAUCCUGUUUGCGUCUGGUACGUCCUUACAUCCGAAGACCCGAAAUGGGUUUACGCUGCCAACUCGCCUGAGGAUAUCCGCAUCGACACAUUGGGCCAGUGGACUCGUGGUAUGUGUGUUGUUGACCGUCGGAACCGCCACCGCAUCCAAGGCGAAGAGGAAAGCUCCAGUGAUCAUGGUCUCUGGCUGAGUGACCGUGCUGGAAAUCGCAUCUGGCGCAUGGAUGGGUCUCCCGCAGAGGACAACUUCGGCGACGUUAUCAUCCAGAGGCUCUUCAAGUAA